UCACAAAGAUGGCUACGAAAGGUGCCCCUGUUCCAGGGGAUGGUUCAAAUAUCACGCCUCAGCAGCUUACUGAUCGUCUCAAGGUCCUGUAUCCAGCUGUAAAUGAAGACGAGACACCCCUUCCGAGAUCAUGGAGCCCUAAAGACAAAUACAACUUCAUUGGAUUGUCGCAAAACAAUCUGAGAGUACAUUACAAAGGAGUUGGCAAGACCCACAAAGAUGCAGCCAGCGUGAGGGCAAUGCACCCAAUACCAGCCUCCUGCGGAAUUUAUUACUUUGAAGUGAAGAUUAUCAGCAAGGGCAGAGAUGGGUACAUGGGCAUUGGUUUGUCAGCACAGGGAGUGAACAUGAACAGAUUGCCAGGUUGGGACAAACAUUCGUAUGGUUACCAUGGAGAUGAUGGGCAUUCAUUUUGUUCCUCUGGCAACGGUCAGCCGUAUGGUCCUACGUUCACCACUGGUGAUGUGGUGGGGUGCUGCAUCAACUUGAUUGACAACACCUGCUUCUAUACCAAGAAUGGGGUGAAUCUGGGUGUGGCAUUCACAGAUCUCCCAGGUAAUCUGUAUCCCACAGUGGGUCUCCAGACUCCAGGGGAAGUGGUGGAGGCCAACUUUGGACAGAGUCCAUUUGUAUUUGACAUAGAGGACUACAUGAAGGAGUGGCGUCUGAAGACCAGGACCACCAUUGAACGUUUCCCUGUACCAGACAGAAGAGGAGAGUUCCAAACAGCUCUACAGAAGAUUGUGUCCACAUAUCUAGUCCACCACGGUUAUUGUGCUACAGCAGAAUCAUUUGCCAGGAACACUGGGCAGGCGUUUGAGGAGGAGUUGGUGUCUAUAAAGAACAGACAGCGAAUACAGAAGCUAGUUCUAGCAGGCAGGAUGGGAGAGGCUAUUGACACCACACAACAACUGUACCCAGGCUUACUGGAGAGCCACAGUAACCUGCUGUUCAUGCUCAAAUGUCGCCAGUUUAUAGAAAUGGUCAAUGGAACGGACAGUGAAGUGCGGGGCGCUGCCAUACGCAGCCCCAAAUCGCGUCACAGUAGUGGCAGCGGCAAGUCCAGUCCUAACAUGAGCCCUGUCCACCACUCCUCAUUUCACGGUGGACAGCGGUCAGCCUCCAACAGCUCUGGGAACAAUAGUCCUAAUAGGAUUACUAUAGCAACUAAAGGAUCCUUAUCACAACAACAGCAACAACAACAACAACAACAAAGUACACACAACAAUGUGACAUUGAUUGAUCCUAUGGGGCUACCGUUACAGACUAUAUCUGAGUCAGAUAUGAACCAUAUGAACUCUAUGAAUGGCAAUGCUGCCUGUACUACUACCACAACUGCUGCUGCUGCCACUAACAGGCUUAUAGACAAUGAUGUGGAGAUGGGCUCUCUAGAAGAGGAGUACCAUUCCUCACACAGUAAUGGCGUUUCGAAUGGAGUUUCGCACACAAAUGGAGUUAGUCGAGAAGAGCUGGAGUGUGAUAUGGACACUAGUGAGUUUCCGCACCAGCAGAAGCGUCAGCUAUGUGGAGGAAACCAAGCCGCCAUUGAAAAAAUGCUCCAAUACGGCAGGGAACUUCAUGCUAUGAGUGUACAGCUACGCAAUGAAUAUGGAAAAAACCAAGCCAAUAAAAAGGCACUGCAGGAUGCAUUCAGCCUGCUGGCCUACUCAGACCCGUGGAACAGUCCUGUGGGUUUUCAGCUGGACCCUGUCCAGAGAGAACCUGUCUGUGCUGCCCUCAACAGUGCCAUCCUAGAAUCACAUGGCCUCCCUAAAACCCCUCCACUCCAGCUUAUCAUAGGCCAAGCCACAGAGUGUAUGAAGAUGAUGGCUAAAGUGGGCGCGGGAUCCUGUGCUUUUGCCUCAGUUACGGACUACUUACACUAACCUAGGUGCAUGAUUUAGCUGGACAGUUUUUACCAUUGCACUGCACAGAACGACCACUGACUCUUUCUCUCUCUGUUUAGACUCUACGGUUUUUUUGUUUCCAAUUAUGCAAGUCAUCAAGAUGGCUGCUUGUUGUACAUGUAGGCUGUGAUUGGCAAUAGAAAGCACAUCCUUUGUGUUUGAUUGAUCUGCAGUGUGUAAAGUGCCACUGGAUAUAAUAUUCUAGAGAUGUAAUAGGUAGGCUGGUAGCUGAAUUGUUAUAAAGCCUGAUGGACAUGGAAUUACUACAGUUUAUGAUGUGUUUACUGAAAGAAUUUUUGAAUAAGAAUUUGUAAAUAUAUUGUAGGGCUCAUCUUGAUAAUAGGUGGUGCUGCUCCACAGUAAAGAACCUGAUGCUGACAUGUGAAGAUGACUUGCACAGAAAAAUAUUUGUAAGACAGAAGUAUUGAAGUACAAGCAAGGAUGGUAGAGAUAUUGUAGUUCAAGCAAUGGGAAUCAUCAUAAAUAGCCUCAAUCCAGACUGCCAGUAUGGCGGAAUGUCAAAUGAGACUAGAAGAUGUGUGAGGGUUGAUGUUAGGUGUGGUUAACCUUAUAGCCAUUAGGGAGAAACUGUAUGUGCCAGGAAUGUGGUCUUAGAUAGCAAUACAAAAGUAACACACAAAACACAAAACUGUUGUGCAAAUGACAGUCAUUCUUCAGAACUUGAGAUAAAACAGUCAGGAGAUAAUUUCUGGAUAAAUCAGUUUCUUAUUCCUUGCGUUGCCAUACUCGGUGUCUUUAUUUCUUACCUCAUUCUCCUCCAAAUCCCCCCAAAAAAGUCUCUUGGUUGAACAUUUAGUCACAAUAUUUGGGGACAACUGAGUUGAUUCCAAUUUCGCAAAGCAAGAUUGCUGCAAAAUAACGAGGUGUUAAUUGUGUGGUCACUUGGGAUAUGUUUCAUCUCGAGACCAUAAGUGUUUAUUAGAUGACUUAAUUAAGGGCUCAUACCUAAUGGAACUGUCAUUCUAUGUAGAUUGAUUCAACUGCGCGGGGACUCAAACUGAAUGCAAUCUGAUUAACAAAUUAACACACCUCAUCCUGGCAUUGAGUAGAAUACAGAAAAACUGGUGAUUAUGUAUGUUGGAAGCAAGAGGUGUGUUAAUCUGAUUGCAUUCAGCUAGUCUUGGAUUGAUGUACUUUGUUUCAAUGGGAAUGAGCCCUGAGAGUUUGUUUUUAUACUUUGAGGUGGCCACAUAAACAUGGGGUGUAUGUAGGAGAGUUUUUAGCAGUGCUAAUUGAGGUUUAUGAAAUGAAAGAUUGUAAAGUUCAUAACCAGGCAUCCAGAGACAAGAUGUUAAUCCCAGAGGGAGAGAAAGAACCCCCCAAAAAAUAGCUAGAUUGAUUCAGGUCAAACAUGGUGUUAUUUAAUUUAUACAAUAUCAUAGUACAUGGUGCUGGAUUCUGAUAAUUAUACCUGUAGGAAUAGACAAAGGAAACGAGAUAUAGAAAGGAAAGCAUGCAGGUUUAAAGGAUUUUACAAAUAUUUAUUUUAUUUCCAUGGAAAGUAGUGAGUGGCUUGCAGUGUAUUGAAUGGGUCAUGUAAAAAAAUGUGACGUCAUGUAAAAAAUGUGACAGACAGGUGUGAUGUUGAUGUGGCCAUUAGACUUGGUAUAAAUAUCUUUUGUAAAUUGGCAUUGGCCUUGCCUGACAGACCCUUGGUUUUGUUAGAAUGCUUGAGCUACUACUGCAACAGAAUGACACUUUGAUGUGAAGUGUGAUCACUUCUCUUUGGGUGAUGAUGGCAUUUUUUUCUUUUUCCAAAUUUGUUUGGAGGAUAGAAAUGUGCACAGAAUAAGCCAGAAAAAUAUCUGCAGAAAAUAACUCCUUGAGGUCAUGUGUGAGCACCCAAUCUGGCUGGAUAUUUUUAUAGAGAACGUUGUGAAGUCUGGUGAGGUUACUGGUUGGGAUUUUAAAUCAAAGUUGCAUCUUACUUGUGGUCAGACAAAAAUUUCUUGCAUUAUGUGAUAUUGGGGACAUGCUGUCAAGUAAUGGGGUGAAAUGUCACCUUCCUAAUGUAUUGAAAGGGAAUUUAUAAUAUUUAUAAUAUUUGGAAAGAAAAGACACUUUUGAAACUUUCUUAAAACUAGGUUGAAAUCAAAAACUUGAUGUAAUCAAAUAAUCACCUAAUCAUACCCUUAGUCUGACUAAGGCGAUAAUCACAUGAAAUGGCCUAAUUAAGGUUUACAGCAGUUGUUGUAGUUCAUUUUCAAAAUAAUAUCUUACUCACUUAUAAAAGAAAUAGAAUUUUUCAAUACCCCUAUAUCUUUAUAGCUUGACAUACCUCACAGAUUAUAGAUAUUAGAAGGAAUUUGGCAGCGAGUAAUUCAGCAAUAGGUUGAUAGUAUUAAGGAGAGCUGACAUAUUUUCUGACCAAAAUCUGUUAUACGAAAAUCUGUUUAUAAAAAUAUGCUGUCAAUAAUGAGAAACUAUUUUGGUAAUGUGUGCAAGUAAACGUGGAUGCUUCAUUUUCAACCUUGUGGAAUUUUGAAAGUGGUCAGAUUUGGAAGGAUAGGGUGCUGUAUGUAUCUAGUACCAUAUGACAUAGGCCUGAUUUAGAAUAGGGGACUUACUAGUCUGAGGAUCAAAUAUGACCGACCCACUUGAAUAAUUCCCCACAGGAUGUCCAUUCAGUGUCUAUUAGAGUAUUAGAUAGCAAGCUUUGUAGUGGGUCGCCAUAUUUGACCCUCGGACUAGUUAGUCCCCUAUUCUGAAUUGGGCCAUGUAAAAUUUUGGGUAUUAUAAAAGCAAUUGUUUUCCUACACUUUUAUUUUCUGGUGAACCAUGUAGAAUGGUGCAGAUUGACUGAAAACUCGACACACUCAGGGUUCCAUUACGCUCCCCAACUUACACAAGAUGGGGAACUAACUCCCUAAUGAUUGAUUUCUUUAUUUAUUUACAUUUGUUGUUAAUCUACAAUAAAAGUGUACUCAUCAGGGGGCUGUCAGUGAACAGGUUCAAUUUUCUUCAUGCAGGGAAUGGGCCAUGCGCGGUAUUUUAUUGCAUAUCUAUAAUUAAUAGUCACUUAGUACCGUUCACAUGAUUGUAGACAUUUGAUAUAUAUAUAUUAUUGGUGAUCUCCCGUUCUUGAAGUGUGAAGAUUAAUUAUCAGUCAACCUUUAACAUAUUAUUGUCAUAUUAAACAUAGUACACUCAAUGUUCCUGUAUUAAAUGAAUAAUUACUGGGUUGUAUGCCAGACUUUACAGAAAAUAAAAAUUAUUAU